AUGCAGCGCGGGGCCCACCGCGUCACUUACGUAUAUAUAUGCGGAACACUUCGCUACUCCUCCUUCCUCCUUCCUCCUCCUUCCUCAUCCUCCUCCUCUCUGGUUUUGUUCGGCCGCUAUGCUCUCGGGAUUAGGUUUUGCUCUGUCCUUCUCGACGCAGUUGCAGAGAUAAUCGAGCUCAGGCGCGAGCUGCCGGAGAUAGAUCGAGGUUCGGCGGCGAAAGCUUUUCCAGGAGAAGGCGGCCUCAUGGAAAACCUUUAUGGCCAUAAAUCGAGACUUGCUAAGAUGAGGCAAUUAAUGGGAAAUUUUCCUGUGAUCAACACGCGCACAAUGGACGGUAAUCUGCUGCAGGGGAGAAGCCGCCAAAGGCAUUUCCAGAUGAAUCAAAACAUCGAUACAUAUUCACCUAUCAUCAAGCUUCUGUUAUCCAAAUCUCCAUCAUCAGCUGUGGAGAAUAAUGAUUCCAUCUCGCCGGUCAGGAUUAAUAUGGAGGAGGAAACACUGGUGGUGGAUGGUGUCUUACUGACAUCGGAUUCUGGGGAAUCCUCUUCAGGGAACAGUCGCCACAAGAGGCCAACUUAUCGAGCAGGAGAGGAGAAUUGUCUCUUCUCUUAUGGCGCCAAACGGCAUCAUGCUCAUGGAAAAGAAGAGCAGGCUCAGCGGUUCUCCCCUUUUGCCAUGAAGAUCAACCCUGAGGCGAGCAGAACAGUAUUCACAAGAGUAGAAAUGGCGACCAUUGCAACCAAUAGACCCCGACAAAUCCACAGCUCAUCUGGCAGAACAAUGUCCCCUCGCGACUGGUCACCACACGAUGAUGGCAUUCAGAUCAUUUUACCUUCUCACCCUGGUGUAUCGCCAUCAAGGGAAGAUGUAGAUACAUACAUUCAACAUUUUCUGUAUGGCCAGUCUCAUACUACAAAGAGGUUGCCGGUCUUCACUGAAAUAUGCAGCCCAUAAAGCUCCACUUUGUUUGUGCCAUCCUCCAGCAUCUGUUUCUACUAGUCUUUCGACAUUGAGGCAAAUGCCUUUUCAGCAUCACUCAGCGCCCCUCUUACAAAGCCAGCAACUCUGGGCUAUCGUUAACAUUCCUCUGACCUGGAUACAUACCCAUAUCUGAUUCAGGUUGAUGCAUGUACAUAACACAUUGCCAUGGACUCCA